AUGGACGCCCCGCGCAAGACGUUCACCAUCGGAACGCGCAAAUCGAACCUGGCCGUGCUACAGACGGAGAUCGUACGGGAUGCCCUGGUAGCGAGAUGGCCAGACUGCGAAUUCAAUGUUCACACUCGCGAUGCUGCUGGUGAUCUGAACAAAGUUACCCCGCUUCGGGAGUUCACGUCGAAGAAUCUGUGGACAGAGGAGCUCGAGGAGAUGCUGCUGGCAAAGCAGCUUGACCUCGUAGUGCACUCUUUGAAAGAUGUCCCCACGCAAAUCCCCGAGGCCUGCACACUGAGCGCCAUCAUGAAACGUGAGGAUCCAAGAGAUGCGCUGGUGGUCAAGAAGGGCCAGCCAAAGAUGACACUUGCAGAACUGCCGGCAGGCUCGGUGGUUGGAACGUCCUCCGUCCGUCGUACAGCACAGCUCGGCCGCCAUUAUCCACAUCUCAAGGUCAUUGAUGUACGAGGUAACAUCGACACACGUUUAGCCAAGCUGGAUGCGGAAGACGGCCCGUUUACGUGUAUCAUACUUGCAGCCGCUGGCCUGCUGAGAUCGGGACACGGAGAUCGCAUUGCGCAGUAUCUCGACUCCAAAAAUGGGAAGAUGCUCCAUGCUGUGGGCCAGGGGGCGCUUGGGGUUGAAAUUCGGGCUGACGACGAGAAAAUGGCUGAGAUGCUGCGGGAGAUUGGAGAUCAGAAAACGACAUUCGCUUGUUUGGCCGAGAGAAAUUUGCUGCGGACACUGGAAGGUGGAUGUAGUGCUCCCCUCGGCGUUGAGACUGAAUGGGUUCCAAAUGCGAGUGGGAAUGGUGAGAUGCUGAGGCUUCGAUGCAUCGUCACUAGUAUAGACGGCAAGGAGGCCGUGGAAAUCGAGAAGGACUGCCAUGUCCAGGCGCCAGAGCAAGCUGAAGAGUUUGGCAAGGCUGUUGCAGACGAAAUGGUUGAGAAAGGGGCGGGCAAGAUCCUCGAAGUCAUCCAGCAGAAGAAGAAAGCAUGGUAA